GUAUAUGUGUGUAUGUGGUGGUUCAGGGCGCCACGUCGGCAGAACCAGCAGCAGAGAAAGAGAGGUGCGUAGCUGUGGCUGUAAGUGAGAGAGAGAGAGAGAGCAGAAGUUAGACAGCAGCACAUUCAUGCGAUAAAGAAAAAAGACCGAAGACACUUCCGAGCAGCAGCUUUUACACACAAACAGAGACAGAGAGAGAAAUUCACUCAUUUUUACAGCACAGUUUGGUUCGGAGGCUGAAACAAGAAGCCGCUCCUGUCUCGAAGUUUCUGUGCCAGGUGUGUUUGCGGGAGAAACACUGGAACAAUGGUGAAGGAUGUGAACAGUGUUAACGGGCCCCAACCCGGCACCAGCCUGGCCACGGAGGAGGCUGAACCCGCCCCCAUCGAGCCCACAGAGGAUCCUGGGAAGGAUCACGAGGUGCCUGCUCCCGGCAUGAUGUGGCGAGUGACUGGCGGCCUCUUCAACGUCACAAAGGGAGUCGUGGGUGCCGCGGUGGGCGGAGUCGUCUGGGUGGGCGGCAAGAGCCUGGAGAUCGGCAAGUCGGCUGUAACCACGGUGCCCUCGAUGGGGGUGGGGCUGGUGAAGGGCGGGGUGUCUGCUGUGGCCGGCGGCGUCUCCUCGGUGGGAUCGACGGUAGCCAGCAAAGUCCCGUUUACAUCCAAGAGGAAAGACAAAGCCGAGUGAAGGAGGAGGGUGAUGGUGAUGAUGAUGAUGAUGAUUGAUGAUUGAUGAUGAUGAUGAUGGACUUGCCCCGCCCUGAGCCAACAGAAAGAGACUGCCAGCUGAUUACCUGUCAGUCAAACUCCACAGUGCCUUCUGAUACCUUCCUCGGUCUGCAGAGAUCCAGACUUUGAUGCUACACUCAGUGCGAGAUAAUACAAGUAGUGCUCCGUUACCAUGACAACCAAAAUUUACAAGAAACUCUCAGUCAAACAUUUCAUUGAAAGCUCUCCUUCUCUGACAUGGAGUUGUAAAUUCUGGAAGUGAAUCUCUGGCUUCAGGCAGGUGACAUGGACUGGACUCCACCUGGACGACUUUAUGAAUAUUUUAUCUGUUUACAAUCCGGACUGAGGCGUCUCCAGUCCUCCUUUUUUCUCCUCCUCACUCUUUUCAAAACUACACAUAUGUUGGUGAUAUGUUUCUGAAUUAAGAUGCUGAAUUUUCUUUUUAAAACAUGUAUUAAAGUGCUGUUGACGAGUUAAGUGUUUGCUGUUCAAUGAAAAAUUAAACGUUUCAGUGCUGGAAGCGGGGGGGGGAUCAGAAACGUUCUUCAGUCGGCAGCCUUCUGUGUCUGACCUCCUUUCAUUCAUGGAAGAGCCCGAGGCGGAGUUUUAACCCGGCAGCCUCAGAGCUGCAUGUUUGAACACUUCUCUGAAAUGAAUGUCUGAAGACUGUUGACGCAAUCAUAAACACAGGCUCAGGCCUUUUCCACAGCUAUGUUUAGUUUUCAGUUUGUGUGAAAUGUUCAAUUGCUGCAUUUGACCAAAAUUCAUGAAAACAAAACAUUUUGUACCAUUUGACUCACUCUUGCUUCUUUGAAAGAAAAAGUGCCCUUUGUUGUCUGAACUGUUCAGUCGGUGAAAUGUUGACCUGUACCUUUUAAUCAGGAGGUGAAAGCUGUGAGUGCUUUGGUACAGACAACACAUUCUUGAGCUUUAAUGAAAUACCAGCAUUUCAAUGCAACAUUUGGAGCGAGGGAGAGCUGUUGCUGAUGGGUCUAAACUUUGUGAAUGUUUUGUUAGUGUCUUAUUUUUUUCAAUAUAUCAAUAAAGUAGUUUGAAAGGUUAAA